AUGGUAGCGGAGCUCCUGGUUCAGAAGCCAGUCGACCGGCAGGGCGACAAGGCCUGCCGGACUCGAGGGAGUCUUGCCAAAACCCUCGUUAAAGAAGCAAGACAGAAGCGAACUGCGCCAGUAGCAGUCGCGAAGAAAGGCACCACGGGAAAAGGUGGAGCAAAAGGAAAGGGGUCUGGAAAGACCAAGAAGGGUGUUAGAAAAGGGAGAGAAGCCGACGCACCUCGCAGUCGUCAUCGUAGUGCAGAAGCAGAGGAGCGAAGGAUCCUACGAGGCUUUGCCAGACGAGCAGAGCGAGCGCUGAACAGGUCGGAGUCCAGGGACAGGGAACCGCAAGAGGCUCCUGUGCCUGGAGACUUGUCUGCAGAGGACGCGCUCAGACUACAAGCCAGGCCCAGCGAAGGCAGCAACCUUGGGUUUGGUGAGUGGUUAGACGAGGACGCCUGGGUUCCUGAAGAGUUACCUCCCACCAGUGACAGUGGACAGUGGGAGCGCUUGAGGGCCCAGUACCCAGGGCUGGCUACAAUCGCAGCGCAGAACCCUGGACGACAAGCUAGAAGUAGCUACUUGCAGAAGGUAGCUGGUCAGAGGGUGCAAGAAGGGCUUGGGCGGCUGGCAAGGACCAGCAGGCGCGGCACAGCAGCUUCCUCGGACGAGGCAGAGGCCAGCGAGGAGCGAGAAGAACCCAGCAGUGCUGCGCGGGUGAUACCGCCUACAGAGGCGGGACACACCGAGCCAGCAAGAAGCGGGGCUUCAGUGGUUACGCUCACACACCAGCCAACAUCGGUGUGGGACUCCGAAAGUGAAGGCGAGAUCAAGCAGGAGGUCAAGAAAGAGGAGCAGUCCGGAAACACCUCGGAUUGGGAAAGUGAAAGCUCAGAGGAGCACAGCACUGACCCGGAGGAUCCGAACGGUGUGCAGUCUGCCUUGAAGAAGGCCGACAGGGCACGUGAAAGGCGGGAACAAGCAAAGCGGCACAAGCAGCCGCCGUCGGAGCCAUCUGAGCCUCCGCGUGCCAAGGCCCGCCCAUCGGUGGGGCACUCGAGUGCGGGGGCCGCCUCGAGCUGGGACCUCGAAAGUCGGGCCUCCUCUGUGGGCUGGCGACGGCAGGUGACGCCGAGCUUUGACAACAGAGUCACAGAGGAGGACACAGAGAACGAAGAGAGGAGUGACGAGCAGUGGAGCCGCCAAGAUCGGGAGCGAGAUCGGCUUUGGAACGAGUGGUACAGAGCGAGAGGAACGGGAGGCUGGCACCAGUGGCAAGGCUCUUGGUGCCAGUCCUCAGGAGCGGGUUGGAACCGCUGA